CAAAAUACUUUGUCACCUUAUUUGCCACCUUUUGUAUUUAAUUUAUUCUUGUGGAGCUAAGUGUUUAUUAUUCUUCAUUUCCAUAGCAUCCAAAAAAACAAAAACAAAACAAAAAUAGAGAAGAAAAACUAUGGCAACUCAAGCAUUGAUUUCUUCAUCAUCAAUUAGCACUUCAGCUGAGGCUGCAAGACAAAUUCUUGGAUCAAGAAAUUCACAAUCUGUUAAUAGAAAAGCUUCUUUUGUUGUAAGGGCUGCUUCCACUCCACCAGUAAAGCAAGGAGCAAAUAGGCAACUCUGGUUUGCAUCCAAGCAAAGCCUUUCAUACUUGGAUGGCAGUCUUCCUGGUGACUAUGGUUUUGAUCCCUUGGGACUCUCGGACCCCGAGGGCACAGGAGGUUUCAUCGAGCCGAAAUGGCUAGCGUAUGGCGAGGUCAUCAACGGGCGGUUCGCCAUGUUAGGAGCAGUAGGGUCAAUAGCACCAGAGAUUCUUGGAAAAGCUGGCCUCAUCCCACAAGAAACAGCACUUGCAUGGUUCCAAACUGGUGUAAUCCCACCAGCAGGAACAUACAACUAUUGGGCUGACAACUACACAUUGUUUGUCCUUGAGAUGGCACUCAUGGGCUUUGCUGAGCACAGGAGAUUCCAAGAUUGGGCCAAGCCUGGUUCAAUGGGGAAACAAUACUUCUUGGGCCUUGAAAAGGGAUUGGGUGGGUCAGGUGAUCCAGCAUACCCUGGUGGCCCAUUGUUCAACCCACUUGGAUUUGGAAAAGAUGAGAAGUCCAUGAAGGAGUUGAAACUCAAGGAAAUUAAGAAUGGAAGACUUGCUAUGCUGGCUAUUUUGGGAUAUUUUAUUCAAGCAUUGGUCACUGGUGUUGGACCAUACCAAAACCUUCUUGAUCAUUUGGCUGAUCCAGUAAACAACAAUGUCUUGACCAGUCUCAAGUUCCACUAAACUAAGUAGCAAAGCAAUCCACUCUUUUCUUCCAAAUCUCCCCCCUCCCUUCUCUUAUGUGUAAUGUAACAUUAUGUGCAGAUUAAUAUUUUUCAUGUCAUCUGUAAUGCUAAAACAAGGGACAUGUGAUUUUAAAGGCUUGAUAUAUAUUUUUAGAGUUUUUAGCAA